GUCAUCCUUAUGACGUACCAGGAAGUAACGCGCGGCAGAUGAGUGUAAACAGAGUGAAGCGAUAAAACGGCUUUAUGAGGAUGGAUUUGUGUUAAAUGUGUUUUUAAACACAGCACGAGGCUGAUUCUGUGUUUUAUUUUGUAAACUUUAAGGAGGAAUUCCAUCUUUCAUCAGACUCGUGUUAUUAGAUAUUUGUUUGGAAGAGAGAGAGAAAGAGAGAUGUCCGGGAGCUUUUACUUCGUGAUGGUCGGUCACCAUGACAACCCGGUGUUUGAGAUGGAGUUCCUGCCUGCUGGGAAACCCGAAUCGAAGGACGAUCAUCGACACUUGAACCAGUUUAUCGCUCACGCUGCGCUCGAUCUGGUCGAUGAGAAUAUGUGGCUGUCCAACAACAUGUACCUGAAAACCGUGGACAAGUUCAACGAGUGGUUCGUCUCGGCCUUCGUCACCGCCAGUCAUAUGAGGUUCAUCAUGCUUCAUGACGUCAGGCAAGAAGACGGGAUCAAAAACUUCUUUAACGACGUUUAUGAUCUAUACAUCAAGUUUGCGAUGAAUCCUUUCUACGAAGUGAACACGCCGAUUCGCUCCACAGCCUUCGAGCGCAAAGUGCAGUUUCUGGGCAAGAAGCAUCUCCUGAGCUGAUUGUGAAAUGUUCAUAGCAUUUAUAAAUAUCAUAUAUAGUUUAUCAGUUCUCCUCGUCUCCACUGCUGAUUUAAAUAUUCAUGAAUCUGUUCCUCUGUGCGUGUCUUUAUACUUUCAGCCUGUGAAAAGCUUUCCUUCUGUACUUUACUUAAUGUCUAGACUGGUGUGUUUAAUAAAACGUGUCAGCAGGGGG